GCUCCCUUUCCCUUCCUUCCCCUCCUCGCCUCUCUCCGGCCGGGCGACGAUGGCCGCGGUGCGCAAAGUGCUCAUCAGCGACAGCCUGGACCCGGCUUGCGCCCGGAUCCUGCAAGCCGCCGGCAUCAGCGUCGUGGAGAAAGCCGGCCUCAGCAAGGAGCAGCUCCUGGCCGAGAUCCGAGACUGCGAUGGGCUCAUUGUCCGCUCGGCGACAAAAGUGACCGCUGACAUCAUCGAUGCCGCCGAGAAGCUGCAGGUCAUUGGGAGGGCUGGCACCGGAGUCGAUAACGUGGAUGUGGACGCUGCGACGAGGAAGGGGGUCCUCGUUAUGAACACACCUACUGGCAACAGCCUCAGUGCAGCGGAGCUGACGUGUGGGAUGAUCCUGAGCCUAGCCAGGCAAAUCCCGCAGGCCGCCGCCUCGAUGAAGGAGGGAAAAUGGGACCGCAAGAAGUUCAUGGGGAUGGAGCUUCAAGAGAAGACCUUAGGCAUCCUAGGACUGGGCAGGAUUGGACGAGAAGUGGCCAUCCGAAUGCAGUCUUUCGGCAUGAAGACCAUAGGCUAUGACCCCAUCAUCACUCCCGAGGAAUCGGCUGCAUUUGGCGUUCAACAGCUGCCUUUGGAACAGAUCUGGCCCCUGUGCGACUUCAUCACAGUUCACACGCCGCUUCUUCCUUCCACCACAGGGCUGCUGAAUGACACGACGUUUGCUCUGUGCCGGCGUGGGGUCCAGGUGAUCAACUGUGCCAGAGGGGGCAUUGUGGACGAGGGGGCCCUCCUGCGGGCUCUGCAGUCCGGCCAGUGUGGGGGAGCAGGCCUUGAUGUAUUCACAGAGGAGCCACCCAAGGACAAGGCCUUGGUGAACCACCCCAAUGUGAUCAGCUGUCCCCACCUGGGGGCCAGCACCAGGGAAGCGCAGAACCGCUGCGGCAGGGAGAUCGCCCUGCAGAUUGUGGACUUGGCCCAGGGCAAGGCCCUGACCGGCGCGGUGAAUGGGCAAGCUCUCAGCAGCGCAUACGCACCCCAUUCAAAGCCAUGGAUCACGUUGGCCAGAGCUCUGGGUGCUGUGCUGCGCGCCCUGACCCAGCAAGUGAACAGAGGCGUGCAGGUGGUCACCCGCGGACCAGCUUUGCAGAAGGCUAGCAGUUACUUGAUCCCCGCCGUGGCAAUGGGGCUCCUUAAAGAGACGGCGCAGAAGGAUGUGAACCUUGUGAACGGGCUGCUCCUAGCACAGGAGGCUGGGCUGAAGAUCACCGCCACACACGGUGACGGGACACUGAGCAGUGAAGACGGGCUGCUGCAAAUUGCUGCCCAGGGCUCCCCCUCCAGUUUGGUUGGCUCCGUGCAAGGCAGCAUGCUGGUCCUCCAUGAACUCAACGGAGCCGUCUUCAAGCAGCGUGUUCCCCUCGCCGGCACGUUGCUGUUCUACAGAUCCAAAGCCUCCAACCCCGGUCUGUUGUCAACCAUCACUGGUCUGUUGGGGAAGGCCAGAGUGGAGCUGCUGUCCUACCACCACUCGGGCCCCGUGGCUGGAGAGGAGUGGAGCAUCCUGGGCCUCUCUUCCGCCCUGCCGAGCCUGCAAGAGCUGAAGCAGCACGUCUCGGAAGUCGCUCAGGUUGCUUUGUAGGCCGCUGGCGGAGAUCCCAGCAAAGCAAAGUCCGUUGCAAGUUCCAGCAAGUGUCCUUGAACGUAACAUUCCAAUAUCUCAAUAAAGAGGUCA